AUGGCAUUCCUCCUCUGCCUGCUCAUCAUCAUCUCCAUCUAUCUCUACAAAUCCUCCAAAUCCAAAUCCCCCACCCCAUAUCCCGCCGGCCUCCCCAUCAUCGGCAACACCCUCCAACUCACCUCCCAGCCUCACCGCCAGUUCAUCCAAUGGGCACGACAAUAUGGCGAGAUCUACCGUGUCCGUCUCGGCCUGAUGGAUUGGUACAUGCUCAACUCGCCCGAAGCCAUCAAGGAAAUCCUCGACAAGCAGUCCUCCGUGACGUCGUCGCGGGCCCCGAUGCCCGCCGCGCAGGAGGCACUGUCCGGUGGGAUGCGCUUCGUGUUCAUGGCAUACGGACCGGAAUGGAGAAAACUGCGAUCGGUGAGCCAUAAACUGUUGACGCCGCGCAUGUCGGAUACGUUUCGGCCGUCGCAGGAUUUCGAAGCCAAGCAGUUGCUGUUUGACUUGUUGGUGGAUAACGCGGGGGAGAGGGAGUUUUAUAUGCAUGUGCGGAGGUAUACCACGUCGGUGAUGAUGACGUCGACGUAUGGGAGGAGGAUUCCGACUUGGGAAUGCGACGAUGUGCGUGAGGUGUAUGCAGUCAUGAAGGACUUUUCAGAAGCAUCAGUACCAGGGCAAUACAUCGUGGAUGUCAUUCCGUGGUUGGCAGAUAUACUCCCCAAGCAGCUGCACUGGUGGCAACGAUCCAUCCGCCUAUUGCGCGAAAAGCAAGAUGCUCUCUGGAUGAAGCUAUGGUCUGGUCUGCGAACGAAGAUGGAGUCAGGAAACGCCCCCGAAUGCUUUGUGAAGCAGUUCAUCGAGUCAGACUAUGAAAACAUGGGCAUCUCCGAGUUACAGGCUGCGUUCCUGGCUGGAACCAUGAUCGAGGCAGGAUCUGAAACGACGUCCUCAGCCCUGAACAGCUGCAUCCUCUAUCUCUCCGCCUAUCCCGACAUCCAGCGCCGUGCUCAAGACGAAAUCGACCAAGUGGUCGGAAGCAUUCGAUCACCCAGUUUCAGCGACAUCGAGCAUCUCCCCUACAUCCGGGCCAUCGUCAAAGAAGUCUUUCGCAUGCGCCCUCCCACCAACAUGGGCAUCCCGCACUACACCACCGCCGACAUCACCUACAAGCAACACACCAUCCCCAAGAACAGCAUGAUCAUCAUGCAGCAAUACCCCCUCCACUACGAUCCAUCUCUCUUCCCCGACCCGGAAACAUUCAAGCCAGAGCGCUAUCUCAACCACCCGCACGGAUCGGGCGUCUACGCCACCAUGGCUGAUCCGUACGAGCGCGAUCACUGGAGUUUCGGGGCUGGCCGCCGCAUCUGCGUCGGGAUACACUUGGCGGAGAAUAGUCUGUUCAUCACGAUUGCGAAGAUUCUCUGGGCGUUUAACAUUGUGGCAGCCGAAAAGGUGGAUUUGUCGGAUGAUGCGUAUGAGCCUGGGAUGAUGACGAUUCCGAAGCCAUUCUCUGUGCGGUUUGAAUCGCGCAGUGCAGAGGUUGAGGAGGUGGUGAGAGGGGAGUGGGAGUUGGCAGAGAGAGAGGGAUAUACAUUGCGGGAUAGGAAAGUGGAUGCAAUGGGGAUUGUUGUCUGA